GGCCAGUUCACCAACCCUGAGACGCCAGGGUAUGUUGGAUUCGCCAACCUGCCAAAUCAAGUUCAUCGCAAGUCGGUUAAAAAGGGUUUUGAGUUCACCCUAAUGGUUGUCGGUGAAUCUGGACUAGGAAAAUCCACCCUGAUCAAUAGCCUGUUCCUGACUGACCUCUACCCUGAGAGGAUCAUCCCUGGAGCAGCAGAAAAGAUCGAGAGGACGGUUCAAAUCGAGGCAUCCACGGUGGAAAUUGAAGAGCGAGGAGUGAAGCUGCGACUCACUGUGGUUGACACCCCAGGAUAUGGAGAUGCCAUCAACAGCCAGGACUGUUUCAGCACCAUUAUUAGCUACAUUGAUGACCAGUUUGAGCGUUACCUCCAUGACGAGAGCGGCCUAAAUCGCCGGCACAUAGUCGACAACAGAGUUCACUGCUGCUUCUAUUUCAUUUCCCCACUCGGACACGGCCUGAAACCCCUGGAUGUCCAGUUCAUGAAAGCCAUCCACAAUAAGGUCAACGUGGUUCCCGUCAUCGCUAAGGCAGACACACUCACCCUCAGAGAGAGAGAGCGGCUCAAGCGCAGGAUUCUGGAUGAAAUUGACGAACAUGGAAUCAAGAUCUACCACCUUCCCGAUGCUGAAUCAGACGAGGACGAGGACUUUAAAGAGCAGACCAGGAUUCUCAAGGCUAGCAUCCCUUUUGCGGUGGUCGGAUCCAACCAGCAGAUCGAGGCUAAAGGGAAGAAGGUGCGUGGCCGCCUGUACCCGUGGGGAGUGGUGGAGGUGGAGAACCCUGAACACAACGACUUCCUCAAGCUGCGUACCAUGCUGAUUACCCACAUGCAGGAUCUACAGGAAGUGACUCAGGACCUGCACUAUGAGAACUUCCGCUCAGAACGCCUCAAGCGCAGCGGCAGGUUGUCCUCCCAUGGUUACAUUCUGCCUCUAUCCCCUGCAAAGGGUCCGGAACCAGAGGAAAUGGACAAGGAUAUGAUCCUGCAGGAGAAGGAGGCAGAGUUGAGGCGAAUGCAGGAGAUGAUCGCCAAGAUGCAGGCCCAGAUGCAGAAGCAGGGAGACGGAGACGAUGUUUGAGAAGCCCGAGGCGUUGCUUGACUUUGACCAGAGACACACCAAGGACAGCAGCCAACUACAGUCCCAUACGGGAUGUGGAUUGCUGAUAUCGACAUAUACAUAAAAAUAUAUAUAUAGUAAAGUAUAUACAGUGUUAUGAUGAAUUCUAGAUACACAUAUGUAUGUAUACACUCAAGUUUUAUUUCUUAGUCUCAGAUUAUUAAUCAUUUACCAAGGGAUUGAAGCAGUGUCACAUAAAGUUAAUUUUAAUACAAAACUGCGUUGAAGAUCUUUCUUGUUGCCAUCAAACGGACUUUCAGAAGCACAUAUUUGCUCCGUGAAGGAGCUCCACUGUGAGCAUUUAUUGUUGUCUUUGUAUGGGAGAGUGUUUGAAGAGGCGUGCCAUGAAGUGUUACUGAUGUCUUUAUUGCCUCCUGCAUCAUCCCCAGGCAGGUGCUGGUGAAAUGUUGCAUGUUCCUCGUGUCCCGUCAAGUGUUGUGCACCUGGCGGACCUGUGCAGGCUUCAUUGUUGGACGUUAGGCUAAAAACUGUUAUGAAGGAAGUGAGAUGUUUGUGACAAUUGUUUGACAUGAAGGCAUGACUUGGCUGCUGUUGACUGAAAUCUUCUCUAAUUACCCACCCAAGGAAAACAUUCAUGACCAUUAAUUCCCUAACCAGCCAACUUGUGAGCUCCUGACAUUCCUCUUUGAGCUGUUUUUAUCCAAUAUUAAACGUACCAAAUAUUGUUCUUGAUGCUAUGUUGUAAUAAAAGUUUUAUUCUUCA